CGACACCAACCACCUCUAUCAUCUAUCAUUCUAUUUUACAUAUUUGUCCCUUUGUCAUUUCUUACGGAUUGACCUCGUGAACUCCCCGAACUCGACAGAUCGAUGCUCCGGCGGUGAACAAUGGCCGAUUCAUCCCACAUGUCGGCUUCCCAGCUCUCCUCCUCCUCUCUCUCCCCCUCCAAGCUCUGCUCAAAAACAUACAAGAAAGCCUCACAGCUCUACCUCACGCGUCGACUGCAAGAAUCACUGACGGCUCUGGAACCCGUCAUUACACCGACUACGUCGGACGAUCACUACAAUGGCGACGAGUCAACACCGCCUAUCGCAACGGUGUCGGCAACCUGGCGCAUCAAAGUGUGGAAUCUCUACAUUACACUCCUGAGUGCCAUUGUCGAAUUGGGGCCGGAAGAAGGGAAACAAUCGUUUGGACAGAAAGAAUGGAAGGCCAUCUCGUCCAGCGUGCGCGAGGGCGGCAUCUGGGAGACGGUCGUGCAGACGGGCUAUCAAGGAUUGGAGGGAUCGGUUGAUGCGGAGGUUGUGUAUAAUCUAGCCACCCUCCUCCUCAACCACUCCCCCUCGCAAGCCCUCAACCAGCAGCGUCUCGAGACCUACCUGUCCUCAUACGGCCAACCCAAUCUCGACGUCGCCGAACACAUCCGCAACUCUCCCUCGCAACGAGGGAAAUUCCGCGUCAACGGUGGCACCGACACCCCGAAGGAUCUGGAGGCGCGGGUCCGCAUCAUCGAGCUCUUCACGCUGCACGUGCUGCCACGCAACGACGAGUGGGAGUAUGCGCAGGAAUUCAUCAACCUCAGCGAGGUGCUCGACGAGGAGAACAAAGAAGUCUUCCUGCAGACGCUCGAGGGUUUGAAGGAAGAGCGCGAGCAAGGCGAACUGCGCGCCGCGGCGCUGCAACGCGAGAAAGACGCCCAGAUGGAGCGGGAAGCGCAGGUAGAAGAGCGUCGACGGGCUGACGAGCUCGCAGCCGCCGAGCGGGCGCAUCACAACAACAACAAUAAGGCAUCCAGCCGUCCUAAAGGGGAAGCGGAGAAGUCGCGCCCGAACGGCAGCAGCCUGCGGGGCAAGAAAGCCGGGGAUAAAUCGGCGGGCAGCAAGUCCGGUUCGUCUGCGGGACGGACGGCAUUCUCGCCGCCAGGGGCAAAGAGCGUCAAGAAGCCGGAGAAGCCCGAGCGGGCGCGAUCGACGCAGGCGCUGUCGCAGGCACUACGCAAUCUGUACCAGUACAUCGUGCGGACGGUGGCGGGCAACCCUCUGUCAUUUGCGCGGACGCUGCUGUUCCUGCUGGGGAUUGUUGUGGCGUUGAGCCGGCAGAAUGUGCGGGAGCGGAUCCGCCGGUUGACCGGGUCGGGAUGGCAAAAGGUGAAAGGGACGGUGGGGAUGGGGGUGAAAGUGAGUUAUAUCUAA